AUGACGCCAAAUGUCUCUGUGCUUCUACAGCGCUGGAAAGUUGCGGAUGUGAUAGGCGAGAACCUGGUCCAGUUCGAAGAAUUGAAUAUGCGGCGAAAAGACGGAACACUCGUUGGACACACAGAUAUCGCCACCAUCGAGCGUAGCUUGAAGCGCCCAUGGUGGGUUGUCCACCGUGCGCACCUCCAUGAAGGCCUAGUUACCAUCGCAAAAAGGAACGGGGCCAUUAUUCAUAUUGCGUCUCGAAUUGCCGAGGUUGACUCCAGCAACGACAAACCCACAGUCACAACAGAUAAGGGGGUCAAAUAUGAAUUUGAUCUCAUCUUGGGUGCAGAUGGAAUCAAUAGUAUAGUACGAAAGAAACUGUUUCCUCACGUCACCCCUGAACCACCAACAACGAAUUGCGCAUAUCGCGCGAUUGUGCCCUAUGAGCAAAUUCGCAAGGACCCAGUGGCAAAGUCCAUUGUUGAGAAGCUGACAAUGGAAGUCUGGAUGGCCCCAGGUGCUUACAUCAUUACAUACCCCAUUAGCGCUGGCAAGGGCUUCAACCUGGUACUGUCUCAUCAUCGACCAGAGAAGCUGCGCGCAACUCAGAAUGAGGUGCCUAUCGAGGAGAUGAGAGAAGAGUACAAGGAUUUUGAUCCCCGUAUUCAGCGAAUUGUCGAUAUGAUCCCAGAAACGUCUCGAUGGCCGCUCAUGGUGACUGGGCCGUUGGAAAGCUGGUCUUCAGCAAACAAAAAGGUUGUGUUGAUGGGUGAUGCCGCUCAUUCUAUGGUCAAUCAUAUGGCUCAAGGCGCGGCUACAUCUAUGGAGGACGGAGCAUUCCUAGCCAAAUGCAUUGGUGCUGUGGUGCAAGGCAAAAUCGACCUUAAGGAUGCAGUGUCAUUGUAUGAGAAAGAGCGCAUGCCGAAAGCUUAUUCCAAGCAACAGGUCUCAUACAUUAAUGGCGCAAUAUGGAUGCUUCCAGAUGGCCCAGAGCAACAGGCUCGUGAUUCGUCGAUGGCACCAGAGCUCGCGGGGAAGUACUUUGUCCGAAGUGCCAAUUUAUACGGUGAUCCUGAAACCGUUCUCGACGUCUAUGGUUAUGACGUUGAGGCUCAUGCUGAUGCUGCUGUGGCAAGGCUUAUCAACAAAGGCAAAGAGCCUGCACAUCUUGUUACAGGCGUGACGCCGGAAAUGCAGGAAAAAUAUAUGGAUUGGUUUCUACCAUCACGAACGGAGAGCAAGCUUUAG